AUGGCCCUCGAGAACGAGAAGCUCUCCCUCGACGCCGACUUCCCCGUUCCCAAGCCCACCGGCCCCGUCCUCGCCGUCGGCUCUCUCGCAACCGCCCAGGAUGGCCAAUACCAGUCCAUCGUCACUUCCCUCGACCAAGAGAGCGACAGGUCAGUGGAGAAGCAGAUGCUUGACCGCCUCAUCGAUGGUGCUACCACACUAGCACCUUCGACAUACGCUGCUGUCCACGUCGUCCUUUCUCCCGCCGAGUAUGAGAGGCUCAUGCCCUCUAUUGGAUCCGUCCUUACCCAGCUCCUUGCUGGCCUCACGCCACUUGGCACCCUUCACCUCCUCAACCUCACCUCUGGCCUCCUUUCCCUCCCCACCGAGCUUAGCCUCGUCGGCUUCACCAUUCUCUCUUCUCUCCCCGAGAGUGGUACCAUCAUUGCUCAAAAGCCCGCACCAGCUACUUCAUCGGCAGCCCUCCCUCUCCGGAAGAAGGCCGACCCCACACGAAAGAGCACGAAGAAGGCCCUUUGGGCACUCAGCGCCCCCGGUACUCCCUCCAUCGAUGCCGAAGCUCUUCUGACUGCCUCCGACCGCGCCCGCCCCGCUGCAUGUGAGCCUGCCACCGCUAGCGGCCCAAGGCGGAAGAAGGCGUGCAAGAACUGCUCGUGCGGCCUCGCCGAGCUCGAAGCGGAGGAGGAAAGGACUGGCAAGGUCGUCCUCCUCGACGGCGAGGGCGCAGUUGAGAUUGGCGCCGGUGCCGACGAGCAGGAGCGGUUGCGUGCUGCAGCUGCGGGUGCCCCCAAGGCGACAAGCAGCUGUGGGAACUGCUUCCUCGGCGACGCCUUCCGCUGCGCGAGCUGUCCGUACCUCGGUCUCCCCGCGUUCAAACCCGGUGAGAAGGUCGAGAUCAACCUCGGGGACGACGACAUCUGA